AAGGCUUCUCUUGGAUUUUUGGUCUGGGUGUUUUUGAUGUGUGUUCUAUCUCGUGGUAUUCUAUUGAUAAUUUCUCUUUUGACGAAAUCAGCAUGAGUAUCAUCAUCAAUCAAAGCACUCAACACAUAGCGCGCCUCCGAACAGUGCGUUAUUCAGCCUGGAUCGCGUGCCUCCGGUAAUACGUAAUUCAGCCCGGGUCGCGCGCCUCCGACAAUGCGUAAUUCGGCCUGGGUCGCGAGCCUCCGAGGUUUACGCUUUCGCCUGCGACCCGCGCCUGCUGGGCCUCGCCGAUUUACGUCUUCGCCUAUGAAUCGCGCCUUCUGCUUGGCUCGGCGCUCUUGAUAGCCGAUCCGACGGCUCUCCCUCGCCUCUCUCCGCCGAGAACCCUAGACCCGCCCUAUAUAAAACGACGCCGAUCUGGACGCGCUUCUCUUUCCCUCGUCUCCCCCGCGCCCGCCACUCCCCCGCCUUCGCCGCCGACCCCCAUCGGCAGACGUCGCUCCCUGCGCGCUCGCCGCCGGCUCCCGUCCGGCGAGUUUUGCAACAAUGGUGCGUGCGGUGAGCAUGGAUGCGCUUGUUCCUGGUAUGCUUGGUUUAUCAGAUGAGCUUUAUGUAAAAGGCUAUGAGAUCGAAGGCCUGCGGACUAAGUUUGUUGCUUACCGAGAGAGGAUUGUUGAGGAAGUUAAUAGGACACUGGUAAGUGUUGAGGUCCAGCAGCCAGAUGGAACAACUUUAGCCCUGGACACAACCUGUUUUGGUGUCGUAGGCUCCAUGACUGUUAACAAUCUGGGCGAGUUGUUGACCGGAGAGCUUCAAGCAAAUGGAUUACGUCCUGUUGCAUUCAGCGCCGAUGGGAUCGUGCUUCCAGAAGAUUGUCUUUUCGCUGUUAUCAACAAACAGUUUCCAUCCAAGAACGGGUUCAUUUCGCUUCUCUGCAUAACCGGUAGCUUUCUGUUAAGCUGUCAUUUGACUUCUCUUAUUGCAGUUUAUUUUUUUCCUGACUUGUUUCUUUUAUAUGAUGCAGAGAAUAUCGAGGAGGAAGAGGAGGAUAUUGUUGAUGGGGCCUAUUGAGCUACGCCAAUUCUGGACUCAGGACUGAAGGAAUUAGGAAAUGGAGUAUCUUUUGAUGCAAGCUUCUUUUAGUGAUAUAUUAGCUGUAGCUUGUUUGGGUAUCAGUCAAAACUGUUUUUUCGGAGAAGUUCCAUUGUCCUCAGUUAUGGAUUACGGUCGUCAUGUUUUGAAGUGAUGGAUAGCUUAUUACCUGGAUGCUUGUUAUAUAUUGGAGUGAUGGGAGAGUUUAUUACCUGGAUAUUUUGAUGAGUGAUGGAGAGCUUAUUACAAUCUUA